CAAUGUGUUACCUAACCUACGCGAAUCUGUAUUCUUGACACAAACCAACUUUUACUGCACCAGAAAGAGUUUCACAGCACCGGUAACAGCGUAUCACCCACCAAGGACCAGGACCAGGUCGUCCAGAAGACUGAAUCCGUGACAUUUGGAACAACCGGAUCGACGAGAGGAACAAUGGAAUCUGAAGAAAAAGGUAAGAGUAAAGGAGUGUACUUGCGAGGUGGUACGUGGUCCGACGAGGAAAUGGAGUUCAUGCUGGCGAUGGUUAAAGAGUUCAGAGCAGGAUCAGUUCCGAUUAAGAAAGGAACCACGAUGCGCAGUUAUCUCGCAGGUCAGUUACGUUGCAUCCCCAAGAGGAUCUCCAAAAAGAUGGAAAAUUCCGACUACAAUGGAAGACUCCUUUACGAGCCCGCCGUUCAUUUUAGCGGCAAAGAGUUGAAGGAGCGGAGAGAGCGACUCGAGAAACUCAGGUUGAAAUUUGAAGACGCCGUUGUCUUCUUGCAAAACAAGGACGACAGGUCAUCCCGUGGAGCCCAGUUUUUCUUGUACGAAGAGAAACCCAAGCCCGUCAUCAAAGACAUCCCAUCGUCGCCAAGUUCGUCAAAACAAAGUCAGGAACAGGCAACUGACGACAAGACAACAAAACAGGCAACUGUUGGUAUCAAGGGUGCAACUGACGGUAUCAAGGGUGCAUCUCGCAGUAUCGAGCGUGCAACAGCGUCCGCAGUCCUUCCUCAAGAUCCAUUUCGUGACCCUUUCAUUCCAGCAUCGAGGGAUCCCCUUUUGCCCGUCCCCCGGGCCUCCAUGAUUGCAAACGCUCGGCUCUCCUCGGUACCGGUAUGGCCACAGUACCUACCCGCAACGAGCAACGACCCGCUUUCAUCCAUGAUACACCUAGCCCAACCUUGGGCCAAUCCAUAUAAUUCAAUGCUUUCGAUGCAAAGGUCAAGAAUGCUAGCCCAAGGUUUGCCUCUCGAAGCUGGGGCGAGCAUUGGACAAUGUGCCACGUCCGGCGAAGGACAACUUCAAGUUCCUGAUGCGGCACAUUCCGCUGUUCCAGAUACUACUGUUCCAGAUACUACUGUUCCAGAUACCACUGUUCCAGAUACCACUGAGGACUUGGCUACGGUCCUUGCAAGAAAUAUAAAAUCCAAGGAAUGGCACCGAGCAGAUGCCACUGACGACUUGGCUACGGUCCUGGCAAGAAAUCUAAAAUCCAGGGAAGGACAACGAUCUUCAUUGGAUCCACCUGCCCCCAAACGACAAAGAAGGGAGUCAAGAAGGGGGUAG